AUGAAAGAAGAUGAAAGCCGAGAUAAAAAUCGCUCCUCUGGCUCGACGCAAGCCCCUCCAAAGAACGCCCCUGGCUCUCCUACCUCUCCCACCUCCCCUACCAUCAGCGAGGCGAAUACUCUCGUCUCACAGCUCAGCCCGCGCUCAGACGCCUACACCGUCGUCACCCCCGACCUGAUCUCGGAAUACGAGGCUAAUUUCUGGUACCAUGGCAUCUCCGUCGACCCUCCCAAGCUCAUGUGGCGUUCGGAUCUCGAAACCAACCCCUUCCCCACCCCCCAGCGUGGAGACCGCUUCUUUAAAGUCCCCACCAAGACUGCCCACGGCGUGUUCAAUACGCCGCUUAACAGCGUCUGGGACACCGUCGCUCCCCGGAUCAUCGCAUCGAUCAAGUCCCACAACCUCCAGUACUCCGCGCUCAAGGCGGUUCGCUUCUCGACCCGCUUCUCGACCCUCCAGGACGAGGACGAAACGUUUGGUCCUGUCGUCGUGUGGAUCGCCGUGCGGCCCAACACCACCAACGCCGGGGCUGUUCGCGAUGCCACGCCAGACAUCCUUGGAAUCCUCGCUAGCGCCAAUGUCACCGGCAUCGUUGUCGAGUGGUACGAGGGGUCGGUCCAAAAGCUGGCCGGCCAGCCUCUGAUGAGGGUCGAAGAGUCCAUCAGCCUCAGUUUCGGCCUCAACCACCCCUUCAACACCGGUCUAGGCAUCCCCAUCGCUAGACAGUCUGACGACGCGCAGGGCACCAUCACAUUCCUUUUCCGGGAGGUCAAGGACGGUAACGGCUAUCCUAGCGACAGGACUCUCGCGGUGACCAACAAGCACGUCGCCUCCGUCGACGCGCUCACCACUUACGAGUUCAAUGAGGCUGACCCUCAGCACAUCCUCGUGUGUGGUGAACGCCGUUUCGCUCGUGCCGUUGUCGAGAUUGAAAACAGCGUCAACAAUGCGUUCCGGGACGCCGUUAUACUUACACGGAAGUUGAAGCGCAUGGAGUCGACCUCGGACGGUCAGAACAGCGUGGCCGCACAACGCCAGAGGUCCGCUUUGAACGACAAGAACGAGGACAUCGUUACCCUUCAGACGCUCCUCACGAAAGUCCAAUCCGAUUGGGAGGCUGGCGAGCUCCGUGAGUUCGGUCUCGUCGACUGGGCUCCCGAGAUUUCCGUCAGAGUCGACAACCGCCACUACACUCGCGACAUUGCCACGUUUGCGGUCGAUGGGGCGAAGCUCGAGAAUUUUGAGGGCAACAUCGUCGAUCUUGGCAACCAAUACCGCGUCACUGAGCUCGAGGACUUCUUCUGGCCCGUCACUGCUGUUCGCAACGGCAGGACGAUCCCCGACAACCUGCAGCUUCCCAUCCGCAGGGCUCUCCCUCGCCGCCUUGUGAUUAAUCCCGACACGGAGGACCAGAAUGGCGAGCCGCUCUACAUCGUCGCCAAGUACGGCAAUACGACUAAGCUCACCCUGGGUCGUUACUCCGGCAUGGAGGCCUACACCUGCACCAACCUCGGACUCGAGUCUAGGGAGGUCGCGGUGUAUAAUUACAGCAAGUUUUCCGGCAACUUCUCAGAGCACGGCGAUUCGGGCUCCCUCAUCUUCACGGGCGAUGGCGACGGGCUCGCCAUGCUACACUCAGGCAUGUCUCGAGGCAUGGGCAAUCAUGUCACCUUCGGCACGCCCCUCUGGUGGGUUAUCGAGCAGAUCCUCGGCAAGUACCCCUCGGCCGAGUUCUACGGCAUCACCCUCGACUGA